CGGCCAUUGCGGCGCCCCCUCAGCGCCGCCUCCCGCCUCCUUCGCCCGGCAUCGCCUCCCGCUCGCGCCGCUCCCGCCAUGACCGAUGCGGCCGUGUCCUUCGCCAAGGAUUUCCUUGCCGGCGGGGUGGCGGCCGCCAUCUCCAAGACCGCUGUCGCCCCCAUCGAGAGGGUCAAGCUUCUGCUGCAGGUGCAGCACGCCAGCAAGCAGAUCUCCGCCGACAAGCAGUACAAGGGCAUCAUCGACUGCGUGGUGCGCAUCCCGCGGGAGCAGGGCAUCCUCUCGUUUUGGCGCGGCAACCUGGCCAAUGUGAUCCGGUACUUCCCCACCCAGGCUCUCAACUUCGCUUUCAAGGAUAAGUACAAGCAGAUCUUCCUGGGCGGCGUGGACAAGCGAACCCAGUUCUGGCGGUACUUCGCCGGUAACCUGGCAUCCGGGGGUGCCGCCGGCGCGACCUCCCUCUGCUUCGUCUACCCCCUUGACUUUGCCCGAACCCGCCUGGCAGCGGAUGUGGGUAAAGCCGGGGCCGACCGGGAGUUCAGCGGGCUCGGUGACUGCCUGGUCAAAAUCUUCCGCUCAGAUGGCCUUCGGGGCCUGUACCAGGGCUUCAGUGUCUCUGUCCAGGGCAUCAUCAUCUACAGAGCCGCCUACUUUGGCAUCUACGACACCGCGAAGGGCAUGCUUCCAGACCCAAAGAACACCCACAUUGUUGUCAGCUGGAUGAUUGCUCAGACCGUCACUGCUGUCGCUGGGUUGGUCUCCUACCCUUUUGAUACGGUUCGUCGUCGCAUGAUGAUGCAGUCUGGCCGGAAAGGAGCUGACAUAAUGUACUCUGGCACUCUUGACUGCUGGCGGAAGAUUGCCCGGGAUGAGGGCUCCAAGGCCUUUUUCAAAGGUGCAUGGUCAAACGUACUCCGAGGAAUGGGUGGUGCUUUUGUCUUAGUCCUGUAUGAUGAAAUCAAGAAGUACACAUAAGUUGUUUCCUGUUGUGAACUGGCAUGUUGUUCUAUGUAGUCUAUGACUGUUCAUGGACUUGUUUGAAAACCAUCUAGUUACUAAACAGUGGCGGCUGAUGUUUGUACAGGUUGGCAUGGGCAGGGGUGACUGCUUGCCCUGUCUUUAUCAAACUGUUCCCCCUGAUGGGACUCAUGAUGGUUUCUAUUUCAGUCACUCCUGCUUAAAAAGUACAGAGAAAUAAAAAACUGAAACCAAA